CUGACCCUUAGACUUUAUUAUCUUGGAAGCUGUAAACUUCACCCAAAGAAAUAUAAAAAGGACAGAAUUACAGUAAGCUCUUUCUCCUUUCCAAGUUCCAUAUCUGAGCCAUCCCUGGAUUUAACUCCUAGCCGCAAUGCCUGUUGAUUACACUGGAACGUGGGUGAUGGUAUCCAAUGACAACUUCGAAGGUUACAUGGUUGCUUUAGGUAAAUAUAAAAAUAAGAAUUUUGAAUUGGUGGGAUACUUUGUUCUACAUUUAAUUUAAAAAUAAAUGAAUAAGAUUUAAUUCAACAUUAACUUUUGCCUUUAUAGCAAGCCAUUUCUAAGCAGAUAUAUUUUGAAGUAAGCCCAGUGAAUACAGUGGAAUAGCAAGUACGUUUUAUCUCAAACAUUUCUCUUUGAAGGUUUUCUUUUCUCUUUCUCUCGUACAAAAGAAUUUGUCAGUCAUAUUUCAACACCUAUGCUAUAUAUGAGAGAUCAUUGAACAGGCAUUCUAUAGCUGAAAGACACAGGUGAUUUGCACUGACCUAAACUGCAAAUGGGUCAGAAAACCUACUUUGCAGUACAAUCCUAUGCACAUCUACUGAGUAGUAAGGUAAGGAUGACUAAGUCUUGCUCCUAGGAAAGUGUGCAUAGGGCUGCAGCUGGAAUCUUGUAUGGUAACAUUUAUAAGCUCUCUGUGCUCACAAUUUGGUGACAUAAUCAACAACCUGAAAGACAGGUGGUGCCUCUGGAAAAUAUCUCCCCCUCCCCAUCUCUGCAUUAACAGCAGAAAAGUGGCCCUAAAUGUGUCACAGUUGUCCCUGUAUUUUAACUCCUGAUCUGCAUCAUAAAUUGUUGAGGGUGGAUUGUUCAAGCAAGGAAGGUUGUUUUAAUUGAACUUAUGGAUCAUUAGCCACACUAUUUUUCCUAAGUACAAGAGGGACUUCUGACCCCCACUCCCCACCAGUCACUGAGACCAUGUUUCAAUGAUCUAAGCAGCAUGUUGUACCUAGAUCUUAAAUGUUUAUACUACCGCCUGUCAUCCUGCCAGGGUGUCCCUGCAGCAUCUCAGCAGUCAGGACACCCUGUUCCGUGGCGAUAUUUGCUCAUGCAGCGAAUCUGGCCACAAGCCAGCAGUCCAAUGGCCAAGAUUGCUAGUCAGAUAAUAAUAAUAAUAAUAAUAAUAAUAAUAAAUUUUAUUUAUAUCCCGCCCUCCCCAGCCAAAGCCAGGCUCAGGGCGGCUAACAACAAACAAAUAAUCAAACAAUCAAAUAAUCCAACAUUCUAAAACAUUUCAUUAUAAAAAUUAAUUAAAAUCAAAUUAAUGGCAACCGUUAAGCAAAGUUCUGUGCAGGUUGCCGGAGGUGGGAGUCAGGCUGGGCCCUGACCAAAGGCCUGGUGGAACAACUCUGUCUUGCAGGCCUUGCGGAAAGAUGUCAGGUCCCGCAGGGCCCUAGUCUCUUGUGAUAGAGCGUUCCACCAGAUUGGAGCCGCAGCCGAGAAGCCCUGGCUCUAGUUGAGGCCAGCCUAACCUCUCUGAGGCCUGGGACCUUCAGGAUGUUUUUAUUUGCAGACCGUAGGUUCCUCUGUGGGGCAUACCAGGAGAGGCGGUCCCGUAGGUACGAGGGUCCUAGGCCGUAUAGGGCUUUAAAGGUUAAAACCAGCACCUUAAACCUGAUCCUGUACUCCACCGGGAGCCAGUGCAGCUGGUAUAGUACCGGAUGAAUGUGAUCUCGCAGCGAAGACCCCAUAAGGAGUCUCGCCGCGGCAUUCUGCACCCGCUGGAGUUUCUGGGUCAGUCUCAAGGGCAGCCCCACGUAGAGCGAGUUACAAUAAUCCAGUCUGGAGGUGACCGUCGCGUGGAUCACAGUGGCUAGGUCAGGGCGAGAGAGAUAAGGGGCCAACUGCUUAGCUUGGCGGAGAUGAAAAAUGCCGCCUUUGUUAUAGCUGUAAUCUGCGCCUCCAUAGAGAGGAGGUAUCGAAGAUUACACCCAAACUCUUAACGGACGGUGCUGGCACUAAUUGCACCCCGCAAGAGAUGGGAGUUGCCCCCAAUCCCAUAUCGUCCCGUCCCAGCCAGAGGACCUCUGUCUUGAAGGAUUUAACUUCAACCGGCUUCAGCGUAACCAUCCAGCCACAGCUUCCAAACAUCUGGUCAGUGUGUCUGGGGCCGAGUCAGGAUGGCCAUCCAUCAACAGAUAGAGUUGGGUGUCAUCGGCAUACUGAUGGCAACCCAGCCCAAAACUCCGGACAAGCUGGGCGAGGGCGCAUAAAGAUGUUAAAAGCAUCGGGAGAGUAUCGCACCCUGAGGCACUCCACACACCAAGGAGUGGCGGGAUGACAAUUCCCCCAAGCGCCACCCUCUGUCCCCGACCGGAGAGAAACGAGCGCAGCCAUUGAAGGACUGUGCCCUGGAUCCCCACGUCGGCAAGGCGGUGGUCCAGGAGUUCGUGAUCAACCAUGUCGAAGGCUGCUGACAGGUCUAGAAGAAUCAGCAGCCCUGACUACUGGUCCUGCUAGCUAUCAUGGGAGUUGUAGGCCAAAAACAUCUAGAGGGCCAAGGUUGAGGAAGCCUGAUCUAAUCUAUUUCUAUAUCUACCAGCUUUCUGCCAAAGUGAGUUACUUCUUGAUAAGUGCGCAGAGGACUGCCUUAGAUUACAAUCCGGCUAAACAGUUAAACAUGUGCACAAGUGCAAUUCAUACGAGUGAUCUUUCCACAGCAGUGCUAAGUACAGUUGUACCUUGGUUGAUGAACGCCUUGCGAGUCAAACGGUUUGGCUCCCAAAUGCCACAAACCCGGUUUGCGAACGUUCUUUCAAACCUGAACAUCCAAAGCAGGUCGUGUGGCUUCCGAUUGGCUGCAGGAACUUCCUGCAGCCAAUCGGAAGCCACACCUUGGUUUCCGAACAUUUUGGAAGUCGAACGGACUUCUGGAACGGAUUCCAUUCGAUUCCGAGGUACAACUGUAAUGUAUUCCAUCAGCACAAGGAUUGCCGCUUGUGCAAAAUAAUCUCCCCCCCUUCUCCCCCUUUGCACCCUCUAAACCUGUUAUGGGAACUCUCCAACCCUCCAGAGCAGAUGGGCUACACAUGGGGAAAGAAGGGGUGGAAAGUUCCAUUAUGUAAACAGUAAUCCUUAUGCUGAUGGAAUCUGAUAGUUGUAUACCGGCAGUAUCAUAUGGCCCAGGAUGUAAUACUCCACACACACACCCCGAAAGCAGAAAGUCCUUUUGGGCACACAUUACUUUAUUGUUUAUAAAUGUAUGUUUGAAGUUAAUCAGGCCCAUUGUUAACAUAUUUAUUGGUGUGUCUGCAGGCAUUGGCCUUGCUACGAGAAAGAUUGCAAACCACCUGACACAAACGAAAGAAAUUAUUCAAGAGGGAAACCAUUUCAAGACAAAAACGCUGAGCACUUUCAGGAACUAUGAAGUGAAUUACACCGUAGGAGAGGAAUUUGAAGAGCACACCAAGGGGCUUGAUGACCGAGUGGUGAAGGUAGAAACUUAUGAUUUGCUUUCCAUUUACACAGCAGUCAACACCAGCACCUGACAUUCAAGAAAACAGGUUGAAAGCAAAUUAUAAAUGUUAAAGAAAUGUUUAUUUAUAAAGAAGCAGCUAUUUGCAUUUCAAAACGUGGAUGUUUUUCUAUUGCAACUAUUUAUUCCAUAUGUAAAUCAUGACAGUUUUUCAGCUUGUUGACAGCAAGACAGAAUUAUUUUUUCAACUCCUCAUGGUUCCACCUGAUACUUAUAUAUCCCCCACUGGCUCCUCCAGACUCCCCACAGGCUAAAGCAAAUCCCGCUUUCUGGUGGAAGCAACUGCUGAGCUACUGCAUAUGACCAUUCUACCUGUGGUGGCACAUUUUUUUCAUGUUAGUUUAUUUUUUUCCCCUGUAGCUCCCUGUUUCUGGAGAACUUUUUAACCAGAGUGGAAUCCAUACACACAUAAAAACCAUUCUGAAAAUGCUUUUUAAAAAGCAUUUUAAAAAAAUGCGUUGAAUUUUCCAUAAGGCUCACCAUUAUCAUCUAGUGUCACAUUGUAAUAUCACAAUUAAAACACACUUAAAACAUUUUAUUUGCAGCUGUAUAGCUGAGUCCCAGGAGUCAAGUGAGCCUGAUGCAAACUGUGUCCUAGUUAGGGCUGCAUCAUAGUCAGUGGUGGGCCAGAACUGUGAGCCAGGUGCAGAGCCAGAAAGUUGAGGGGCCUGCACAUCAAAAGCCAAGAAGACCUUGUGGCUAGUGCAUGAAUGCUCUUGUUCAAAUAGGAAGACUUUAUACGCUUUCCUGUCUAGUGGAGUCCAAUGGCCUUUCCUGAAUAGGAACGGCUAUGUCACAGCUGGAGAGUAUGCGUAUGUUCACUUUAGUGGAUUAAAAUCCAGUGAGGUCAAACACACACACACACACACACACACACACACACCCCUCUGUGUUUCAAGUCACAUUUGCACAGUUUUAGAGAGGGGAGAGGAUGUCUUCACCUGAAGUUCUCCCUAGUUCCUCCAUUGUUCCUGGUUCUGAGGAGAAAAUUAUAAUAUGGAAGACAAGCAGUGCUGUCAAAAUUGUAACUGGUUAAUAAUAAUAAUAAUAAUAAUAGAAAUGCCCAUAGGUUUAUUCAUCAUUUACCAAGCUGUGAGAUAGUUAUGCCCAUAUUGACCUUAUAUGCAGGGAUGGAACAUCUAGUUUUGCCACCUGAGGUGAAAUGGGAGUGUGCUGCCGCCCUGCUGCCCUAACAUUCCCUCUGAAGCCUCACUUGCCAGGAUCACAAGAGUUCCAUGAGAUGCCAGAAGCAUCCAUCAUCACCUCUCCUCACUUCUCAGGUGGUGGCAGGGGCAAGGCAGGGAGUCCCACUGAUUCCACAGCCUUAGGCAGCUGCCUCAGUAUGCCUCAUGGACGGGCUGGCUCUACUAUUAUGGAAAAGUUAGUUCCUGUGUUUUGUUGUUGUUGUUACUCUUUUCCCGACAGUAAGAUCUGGCCACUCUUCUGGGGGGGGGGGGGAGACUCUCUGGAUUUCCCUUGAGGGAAGAUAAUUGCAUUGAUCUGUCUCUCAGAAGAUAUUGGUCUGAUUCUGAGGCAAUUUUUAUUUCAAUCCAUUUCCAUCCAUUGAAUUGAGCUCUCUGUGAAGCAACUCUCAAGCCAAGGUCUUGUUUCCCAUAUAGCUACUUUUCAGUGGGUAGCUUCCCUCUCCCCCAAUUGGAUUACGUUUUAUUCCUGAUUGUAACCUAAUCUGUGCCUACACCGUUUGGUAUCUACAGAGCUAAAACAGAAUGGCAAGCAUUACAAUAGCCAAAUCAUUUCCUCUCCCCUCCCCAAGAUAAUGUGGAGGAGUAUGCUGCUCAUAGCCAGCAUCUUUCCUAUUAUCUGUGACCUUUUCAUGCCCUGACAUCACAGCAUGCUCCUUAUACCUCUGUCAAAGCUAUCCUUUACCAGUCCUGUCUCGGGUAGAAAACUGCCUCUUCCCUGAACUUUCAAUAACCUCAAUUUUCUCCUAUCGUCACUGUUGUUAUCUGACGGAGAGUAGAAAAAGCAUCUUAUUUCUUUUAUAAUUCUAUCUGAUUUCUUAUCAAGAUGAUUUCUGCCCGAUAUUCCCCCACUGACACACUGCUGUUUUUGCAGGAGGCUCAGGAAUUAAUUAUUUUUAAAGAGAGCUGCUCUUUUGCAAUCUGUUCUUUUCAGUGCAGAGAAUGUGGGAUAUUGCCAGACAACUACAGAAUGUACAGAGAUCAUGUUUUUCUCCCGUUCACAAUUGUAGUGAAGCAGCACUCAAAUGAAAGAAAGGAAGAAAGAGACUAUAAUUCAAAUAUCUCCUCUGGUGUGUGCCUGCACUACUAUAGUAGCUGUGAUCAGGGCAUUCCCAUUCUUCUUAUUGCACUUCCAGCUGAGGAGUGGCUCCAAGAUGCCUCUUGUUUGCACUCAGAGCACUGUCUUUCGUAGUAGUCUGACCAUGAUAAGGUUGACUCCACCCUUCCUUCCAUUUCCUUUCUGUCUCUCUCUCCACCCCCCGCCCCCAGCAUUAUUCUAGCAGUAAACACCUGUUCUGGUUAGCCUGAAAAUAAAUUUGGGGACCAUUUACAUAUUAGAAGAUGCUCCUAUGCAAAAGCUGUGAAUCCAAGCUGCUGUGAACCAUCUUUUCCCUCCCAAUAUGCCCUCCGCAUCCACAACAGAAGUGCAUGUGCAUGUGUAUUAAUGUUGUAGCAGUUAAAAUGAUCCAUGGCUUUUCCUGCUGCUGUGCUUUGCAGUGCGUUUGUGGCUUUCUUCUGAGGGAGAACGGAAUAAUGCAAAUUUCAUAUCUGUGCUCCCCUUUCUGGAGACAAAUCCCGUCAUAAAUUCACUUUAUUUAAUUAUCUUCUUUUGUGCGUAUAUUAUGGAUCAUUGUGUCAGGAGAAAUAGCCGGGAAUUGAAAACAUAAAACACUUUUAGUGACACUAUAGGCUUUCUACUUAAAUUUGGGGAGCUGGGAGAGAGGGGAGGGGGGUGGUAUUUGCUUGUUAUGUGUUCCCUCUCCCCACCCCCCACCCCGACCAACUCUAUGCUGCCAUUAUGUCACCCUGACUCCAGAUUAUUCCAAUUUGUUUUUAGUUUUUAGCCUCACACGUUUCUACCAUGUUGCUGAACUUUAUCAUUUGAUCCCUACAGACGCUGGUGACCUGGGAUGGUGAUAAACUAAUCUGUGUCCAGAAAGGCGAAAAGAAUAACAGAGGCUGGAAACACUGGAUUGAAGGGGACAAUUUGCAUCUGGUAAGAGCUGAAAUCAUUCAUGAAAGAUAUACCAAUAGCAGUACUGCAGGAAAAUUCAGUAACUUGGGCAAAGGGCUGUAGCUUUGCAUGCAGCAGGUCCCAGGUUCAAGCCCUGGUGUCUCCAGGGGGCUGGGAACCCCAGAGAGCCGCUGCCCAUGUUGACUAUUCUGAGCCUGGCUUCCCUUCCUAGCAUAUCAUUGCCAUAAUGAACAAAGGCAUAUAUUUGCCUCUGCCUAAUUUGAAGCUAUCAGGAGUAUUAUUUACCUACAGAAAAUAUGUUCUUGGGGGGUUGUAAGAAGAAUGAUGCAGAAAAGCAGGUCAGAAAAUUGCUCUCAGAAUAACCAUCAGGCACCCGAUAUAUACAAUCUCUAAAGCGUAUAAUUUAGUGCCACUGGAAAAGCUGAGUUCAUACAGCUGGGUUAGUAAAUGAAGUCCAAGCCUGACAUGUAGUAAGCUUGAGUGGGGCUACAGGGGCCUGUAAAGAAAAUAAGCAGUCAGUGAAGUAUGGAAAAAAUAAAUGAGAGUUUACAUAUUAAGAAGACUCGAAAGAACAAUCGGGAAAGUGAACAGGCAGACUUGGGUGAACCAAAGCAUUCCAAUUCAGUUUUCAAAGCUCUUUACGGGCACAAGCCUCAGUGAACUAAAUGAACAGGCAAAGGAGAUGGAGAUCUUCAGCGGACAAACACACAUAGCUUUUGGAAAUGAACCUGCAUGUUUACUUCCUCUGAUAUGGAUCUAGCCGCAUAAUCCCUAAUGGCUUUGCACAUCUUCUCCAUGUAGAACAGGAUGGCUUGAUGAGUUAAUAAUUUUCUCAAAUACUUUCCAUAUCCCUGUUCUAAACACAUUUAAUUGAAAAUUAGUGCAAUGGGGGGAUUUUUUCCCAGCUGAAGGGGCACAUACCCUUAUAUGAAAACCCUCCGGGGGCCAUAUGUCACUGCUAGGGGCUGGGGGAGAAACAAAAGCUCAUGGAGCAGCAAAUGUUAAUUUUAUCUUUUUACAGUAGGCUUUACACACACACACACACACUCCUCUCAGUUUUCAGAGUCCAAGGACACAUUCUAGCCAGGCAAAAACACUCAAGGAAGUGCAAAGCCAAGCUAAUUGGAAGUGUGGUCUGGGAUGAAGGGAAGGGGAUGAAAAGGAGUUAUGGACUCAGGGGAUUCCUGAGGGAUAGAUAGAUAGAUAGUCCUGGCGGGCCUUAUUUGGCUUCAAGCCUUAGAUCCCCCAUCACUGCUCUAAACAACUGUGUUUAAUGUUACCUUCCGAAUGUAUACAUUUUUACAGUCCUUGCCCAGAAUCCAAAGUUAUUUUAGGUGCAACCACAGGCUUGCAAACUUCUUAGGUAGACUUCUGAAUCACCUACCUGAAGGAUGCCCUUCCUCUUCCCUCUAAGUCCCACCAUUCCAGAGCAAGUUUAGAAGUGGCACUUUUUCACCCUGAUCCCUAAAACAUUUGAAACAUCUUCUGGAAUCCAAAUUCAACAAACCUUAUAACCAGAUCGCUUGAAUUCCAGUACAUUCCAAUAAGUUCUAGUAGCUUGAUAUGGUCCUAGUACAGUAGUUUAAUAUGGCAACAGGAUGCUGCAUUAGGUUAUCCUUUGGUCUGAUCCAGCAAGGCUCUUCUGUUACAUGUCACCCCAAUCUCCGAGUGGUCCAAGAUUCCUGUACUCCAGACACUUACCUAGUGUUUGUGUUUCCUUUGGAAAUGAGGCACAGUGGAAACUGUGGUGUCUUUAUGAUAUAUGGCUUAUUUACACACAUAUACAACCUGAGCCUAUGAUGGAGAGGUCAAUGCAUUACGCUCCAAGAGGGUUCUGUUUCUCCCACUGCUGGAUCCAAAGAGAUCAAACAUGGCCUUUUGUCCCUAUACUUAGCUUGCUGUGUUUCACAGACUGACACUUUGUCUGUCAGUGGAAGGAGGGGCUUGCGCUCAUCUACCCUCCGGCACAGAGUAUCUGCUUUGUUAAUCACCCCUUACCUUUCUUUUGUUCUCCAUAAUAGCUUUUCUCCCAUGUGUUUUCCUGAGCACAGAAAAACUGCUUUGGCCUGUAUUUUCACACUGUUAAAUUCAGUGUCUGGCAGCCCAUCUUAAUAGUCCAUCUUGAUAAUACAAUGCCCACUAGACACAGGAAUUUAGGGGAGUCAAGGAACCCACAAACGCUUAACAAUACUAAAUGGUGGACACUCACCAGAUUCCAGUUAGUCCCUUAGUCAAAGUUUUAUCACAGGUGGACUGAAAAAUCUGCUGAUGGAUUCCAUAUAAAAACAGAAUUUGGCAGCCUUCAUCAACAUUGCAGUGCCUCAUGACACAUCACGAUUUUCUCCAAACCUCAGGGGUGAAGGAGAUGAUAUUAGAAAUUAAAUUAAAUUAAAUUACUAAUUUAAAAAUGAGGACCAUGGAGUAUAAGUCAUAUGAUUCAUUAGCUUGUGGUACUUUCCCUUUCACCCUGAUACAAGCUUUGCACGAUAGAUUAUUAUCCCCAUUUUCCAGAUGAAGAACCAUAGGGUAGUAGCUUAUCCAUAUGAACUUAACUGAAAAAAGAAAAGAAUCCAAUUUUUUUUAUAAAAAAAACUAAACACCUUUGCAAAUUAUGUUUAGAAUUAAAAAAUCCCACUGCUAUUUUUUGCAACAUUCUACCUCUGUUUUGGGGCGCGGGUGGCGCUGUGGGUAAAACCUCAGCGCCUAGGGCUUCCCGAUCGCAUGGUUGGCGGUUCGAAUCCCCGCGGCAGAGUGAGCUCCCGUCUUUCGGUCCCAGCUCCUGCCCACCUAGCAGUUCGAAAGCACCCUUAAGUGCAAGUAGAGAAAUAGGUACCGCUUUAUAGCGGGAAGGUAAACGGUGUUUCCGUGUGCUGCGCUGGUGCCAGCUCGCCAGAGCAGCUUCGUCACGCUGGCCACGUGACCCGGAAGUGUCUCCGGACAGCGCUGGCUCCCGGCCUCUUAAGUGAGAUGGGCGCGCAACCCUAGAGUUGGACACGACUGGCCCGUAUGGGCAGGGGUACCUUUACCUUACCUCUGUUUACAUUGUCACUAUCCAAGCCUGCAUAGCUCACUUUAAUACAAAACCGACUAUUUGCAAACUCUGAGGGGCCAGUCUAAAGGGAUGAGGGAUUAAUUUCACAGACUUACAAUAGGAAGCUACCUACUCAUUUCUAUUCUUUUCACGAUCAUACAAUUCUGGCUUCACUUUUAGCAAAAGAAGGUCAAUAAGAUGUACAAAAUUACCAUUGGGUUGACUUCAUCCCUGCAGAAACCAGAAUCUUAUCCUGUUCUGUGCCAGACUUGCUUUAUAUUGUUAUGAAACAACUUCAGAAUUGGCUAGUAAUCUCAUUGACUGGAUUUGUUAGGGUUGGUAUAACAUUCUGAGAAAAGAUCCACAUUUUGUUGGGAAACCAAUUGACAAAGUGUUAUACUUAACUCCUGUUACCUUUAAAGCUUUUCCUUCUCUCCUUUUGCAAUUUCCUUGUUGCUUCAGUGAGUUUAAUAAAUUACAGUAUGUUGGUUAAUAAUAGACAAUGCAACGUCCCACAGUUACAGAGCAAUUCCUAUGCAUUUCCCCAUUUUUAUCCUUUGUAAAAGUCAAUUCAAGUGUCAGAAUCUAAUUACUGCAACCUGUAGUGCUUGCUGGCUGAUUGGUUAUAUAAAAUAUGCUGCUCUUUCCCUUUUAAUAGCCCCGCCCCGCCGUUAAUGCUCUGGCUUAGCUGUUUUCUCUGCAAGUCUGGAAGGGAAUUGUCUGUGCUUACCGAUGGUUUUAAUGUUGUAGGAGCUGACAUGCGAAGACCAGGUGUGCCAUCAAGUCUUUAAGAAGAAGAAUUAAAUGGAUCUGAAUCCCAUCCAGCUGCACACUGCGUAAUUAUUAUAUUCUUUGCUGAAGUAAAUAAAUGAAACCUUGACACUGCCAGAGA